GCGACAUGACGUCAAAGAUGCGACACACGUGGUUUGCGGAAAUGAACACAUACCAAUAGCGUAAGCUUUCUGGAAUCUACUUUGUAUUAAAUUAUUCGUGAAUUACACUAAUAUUUGAGUUGUACAACAGCACAAUUUCUUGCACAGCAUGGCAACCGAUGCUAAAAGACUCAAGACAGAGGGCAGCGACCCUCUCCAGAGCUUCCUACAGUGGUGUGAAGGAGUGGGGCUGAAACUCAACAACAAGGUGUACAUCAGCAAUGAGGGCACAGUGGCAGAGUAUGGCAUGCUGGCUAAGGAGGACAUAGAUGAAGGAGAGUUGCUCUUUACUAUACCCAGAAUGGCUCUUCUGCACCAAGGCACCACCAAGGUCCUGGCUGUGCUGGAGGAGGGUAAAGCAUCUUUGGAGAACACGUCUGGAUGGGUGCCCCUCCUCCUGGCACUGAUGUAUGAGUACACAUCUCCCCAGUCCCACUGGAGGCCUUACCUAUCCCUCUGGUCUGACUUCACAGCUCUGGAUCACCCCAUGUUCUGGUCAAAGGAUGAGCGGGACAGACUCCUGAAGGGGACAGGGAUCCCAGAGGCGGUGGAUACUGACCUCACCAACAUCCAGAAAGAGUACAAAGACAUCGUCCUACCUUUCAUUACGUUACACCCUGACCUGUGGGACCCAGAGAGACAUACACUGGACCUCUACAGAAGCCUGGUGGCUUUUGUCAUGGCUUACAGUUUCCAGGAGCCCCUGGAUGAGGAGGAUGAGGAUGAGAAGGACCCCAAUCCUCCCAUGAUGGUGCCCAUUGCGGACAUGUUGAACCAUGUGUCAAAUCACAACGCCAAUCUGGAAUACACACCCGAGUGUUUGAAGAUGGUGUCAGUGCGAAGUAUCCGGAAAGGAGAGGAAGUGUUCAACACAUAUGGUCAGAUGGCCAACUGGCAGCUCCUACACAUGUAUGGCUUUGCCGAGCCAUAUCAAAGUAAUAGCAACGACACGGCAGACAUACCCAUGUCCAAUGUAUACAAAGCAGCUGUGCAAGUGACUCGGUCUGAAGCCGAACAGCGCCUCCUUGUGGAGAAGUGGAGUCUUUUGUGUGAGAUGGAGAUGGUUGGAGACAAGGGAGUGUUUAUCUUUGGAAAGUCAGGGUCCCUCACUGACACAGAGAUGUACACAACACUCAAGAUCCUGUGCAUGUCAGUAGAGGAGUUUGAGGACUUCAGAGAGAACGAAGGCUGGGAGGAGGCAGAUGAUGACGAGGAGAAAAUGUUGCAGGCACUCUCCAACGAAGGCCUGCCUAGUCUGCCCCCUCUCUGGAGGCAUCUGGUGCACGCUGCAGCCCGCUUCACACUGGCCUCUUAUGGGGAGGAUAUGCUGAGAGACAAGGUGCUGCUGGAGGAUAAAGAUGGCUAUGCAAAACUGAGCAGCCGGCAGAGGAGAGCACUCCAGGUCCGCUACGGACAGAAGACUAUCCUGCAUCAGCUUCUGGAGCUCACCAAACCAUAAGUUCCCACAAAAAGCACGCCAAUUUAUGAUCUCCACUCAAAACAAGCCUAAAGGGUUAGAGCCAGUGGCCAGCUUUAGGCCUAUUUUAACUGUAUAUUCUUGUGAAUUUGUAUGUGACUGAUGAGCAAUGGCUUCUUUGAGACUGUUGGAAGUACUUCAUGGGUCAUAAGUUACCCAAACCGGCAAUGGACCUUAGGUGGCCGCAGCUGUCGAGUGAACUGCUUGUUAAACAUAUCGUAAUGUACACUAUCAUGUUUUGCAUAAUAAAACAGCAGUUUCCAUUUGUUAUCACUGAGGGAAACAAAUGCAGUUGAAUUGUUUAAUGAGUUAACUACAGUAUGCAUACAUACAGGAAAUAAGUAGCAAGAACUAAAAGAAUUACAAAAUACACACGGACCAAUACAUUUACAAAACAUUCAAAAUCCUUACAAAAUGGGCUGUAUUGGUCCACAAUUUGGAUCUUUGUACAAAUUAAGGUUCAAUUAGUCAUCUCAAAUUUUCCAAGUGCCGGGGAGAACCUAACCCACUUUAAAAUGGAAAGACCAUUGACCCCCACCACACCCCAAGCAGAUAAAGGAGUGAACCCAGGAGAACCUUUCUUCCCACUCAAAUCAAAUUAGGCUGCUUUUUAUUAAAUCCACUAUCCAUUAAGCCUCAACGCAAAUAAAUCAGUCAAGAAAUAUGUAAAACAAUGUAGGAGGGAGACAAAACAGGGCUUUGGUAGUGAGUGAAUGUGUGUCUGUACACGUCAUCUUUACAUGUUAGAUAAUUUGUUGGACACUCCUUUCAGACAUGGAGCUCUCUCCCUUUUAAUAUUUACAUCAAAAUUAUAUUAAACAGCAUUCAACUCCAGGCCAUAUCCAGGC